AUGACCAAAAGCCCACCGACAGAAAUUGUCAAACCAGAGCAAGCUUAUUAUAUUCCACAUCACGCUGUCCUACGUGAUAGCAGUGCGACCACGCGCUUACGAGUAGUGUUCAACGCGUCAUGCCGCACGUCAGACGGAACGUCGUUGAAUGACCAUAUGCUCAUAGGCCCCAAGCUUCAACGGGAUUUAGCCACUGUCAUAAUGCAGUGGCGCCAAUACCGUUACGUGUUUACCGCCGAUAUCGCCAAAAUGUAUCGGCAAAUCUUACAAGGGGAGGGCACAUCCAGCAUAUCGCCAAUUGAGAUGAAAAAAAUUCAGAAUCACCUGAAUUUUUUUCAUCUCAAUUGGCGAUAUGCUGGAUGUGCCCUCCCCUUGUUAGUUAACUCCCAAGAUACCGACUACCAGCGCAUUGUAUGGCAAUCUACUCCUGACGACCCAAUCUCCGAUUACCGCCUUCUCACCGUUACCUACGGUACAGCCGCCGCUCCCUAUUUAGCCCUUCGCGUUUUAGAUCAGCUCGUCGAAGAUGACGGUGCUGAAUUUCCACUGGCUGUUCCCGUCUUACGUCAUCAGACGUAUGUUGAUGAUUGCAUUUUCGGCGCAGACGACCAGGUUCUAGCUCGUCAAACCCGCGAUCAAUUGAUUGAAUUGUUAAAGCAAGGAGGCUUUCGCCUUCGAAAAUGGGCAAGCAACGCCACCGCUUUAUUGUCCGAUCUCGAUCCCGCGGAUCACGGACUCGCUACUCACAAGGUUCUUCAAAACGACGAGCACCUCAAGGUCUUAGGAGUUUUUUGGAAUCCGAAGCUAGAUGUCUUUCAAUUCCGCGUUAUCGCGCCGGCGUCAUCCGGCCGGACAAAACGAGCCAUUCUUUCGACCAUCGCCAAGUUCUUCGAUCCCUUAGGAUGGGCUACUCCCGUCAUUAUCACCGCAAAAAUUUUUAUGCAGCGAUUGUGGUCACUCCAAUGCCAAUGA